UUUUACAUGCCGGUUUUUUGUACAACAUUCACAACAUUAGCCGCUGGAAACAAUUAUUUUGUGCACGACCGAUUUGUUAUGAUUAUAAUCGUCCGAUUUGUAAAUUGAUAAUCCAGUGCUAUUGUAAUUGAUUAAUGGUACGGUAAUAUGAUGAGAAAUCUGCAUCUAGUUCGGUCUUUCUGUAGCCAAAUUAAACCUUAUUCAUUCGUGACAACUCCAAUAUUCUACGUUAAUGCUGCACCCCACAUUGGUCAUCUGUACUCUGCCGUCAUUGCGGACGCGAUUCAUCGAUUCAAUGGACUAGUGAAUCGACCACAAUCCUCACAUUCCACGUCAAUAUUCUGCACCGGAACAGAUGAACACGGCACAAAGAUCCAGCAGGCUGCUCAAAACCAUUCGGUUCCAGUUGCUACGUAUUGUCAGCAGAUCUCCGAUCGAUAUCGUGGUCUGUUCAACAAUUUCGACAUAUCACACACACGUUUUAUUCGCACAACAGAUCAGGAUCACAUGUUAGCGGUUCAGCACUUCUGGAAAGCUUUGGAAGCGACGGGAAAUAUUUACUCAGCACAGUAUUCCGGCUGGUACUGCAUACCGGAUGAAACUUUUCUAACCGAAAGUCAGCUAAAGGAGAACGACCAAGGAAUAAAAAUGUCGGCAGAGUCCGGGCACCCUGUAGAGUGGACCGAAGAAAAGAAUUUUAUGUUCCGUCUGAAUUGCUACCAAGACGACGUUGUGCAUUGGAUUAAAGGUUGCAAAGACCGAGUGGUUCCGGAAAAAUUUCAAAAAAUUUUACUGGAUUUUCUCCAGGACCCGUUACCGGAUAUUUCAAUAUCACGACCAAAGACCAGAGUCUCUUGGGGUGUUGAAGUUCCUUCGGAUUCUUCUCAGUCCGUUUAUGUGUGGUUGGAUGCCUUGGUGAACUACCUCACCGUGGCGGGUUAUCCGAAAGAGGAGUUUCGUCAAAAGUGGCCACCGACAGUACAGGUACUAGGAAAAGAUAUUCUUAAAUUUCACGGAGUUUAUUGGCCUGCCUUCCUGAUUGCUGCGGGACUAGAGCCUCCCAAGCAGCUCCUAGUACAUUCACAUUGGACUGUUGAUAACCAAAAGAUGUCCAAGAGUAAGUUCAAUGUGAUUGAUCCGAAUGAAAGAGCCGUUCUGUAUACUCCCGAGGGCAUUCGAUAUUUUUUGCUAAGAGAAGGUGUAGCACAUAGCGAUGGAAAUUAUAGUGAUACGAAAAUUUGCCGAAUCUUGAAUGCCGAAUUAGCCGACACCUUUGGCAAUCUUCUGUCUCGUUGUUGUGGAAAGGUUUUAAACCCAGAAGCUGUUAUUCCUGUUGUCGAUCGAGCUUCGUUGGAGUCUUUACUUGCAAUUGAAGCUACCCAGAGAAUGCUGGACCUGUUGCACGAAUUACCGGAAAAAACUCGUCUCAACUACCAACAGUACAACUUCUAUCUGGUGGUAGAUUGCGUGAUACAGAUGCUGCACGCAACGAAUAACUUUUUCGAAACAACUACACCAUGGAAAUGUAAGGGCCCAGACGGGAAACCCAAAUUACAAACCAUACUAGCCGUGACGAUGGAAGUUCUACGGCAAACUGCAAUCAUUCUGCAACCGAUAGUACCACGAUUGAGCGGCCAAGUUCUGGAUAAGCUCAAUGUAAGCGGCGAUCACAGGUCGUGGUGUGAUUUGAAAGUACAGUUCAGCCAGAGGGAACGUCCUUUAGCAGAUUCCGAAUCGGUUCUGUUCCGGAGAAUAGUGCUUCCCAAGACAGAAACACCGGUUCCGGUGUCCAAAGCAAAAAAGGUGAAAACCAAAAGUUAGUUUUAAGGUUCAAGGUAGGUUGACUGUGUGUUCGUAAAAAUAAAUACUCGAUUGUGAGCCUG